AUAUUUUUCUCAUUCAAGGGCAAGCUAUCAUAGCUGAUUCUGAGAACUUUCUGAACAUCUCGAUGUGGACUCUUUUCAUAUCUCUCUAAUGCUUUCAACCAUGCACCAAAAUCCUUUCCUUUUAUAUGAGAGCCCAGAACUCUUAAGGCCAGUGGGAGGCCUUUGCAACAGCUUAUUGCACGAUUUGACAGAUCUUCAUAUUUUGUUUCAGGAAAACUGUUUCCAAAGGCUCUUUGACAGAAGAGUUCCAGAGACUCUUGGUUGUUUAGCACUUUCACUUCAUAUCUGUUUUUGAUUUCACCAACAUCAAGUAAAUGUUUAUCUCUAGUUGUAACAAUGAUUCUGCUCCCAUCACCAUACCAAAAUCUUUUCCCUGCCAAAUUUCUCUUUCAAAGAAGCUUUCGAAUGAUAAUUUUAAUAGAAAAAAAAUGAAAAAAUGCAUGCAAUUAAAGCACGUGAAAUAGAGCAAACAAGUGCUUUGUUCAACCUAUAAUUUUAUACAUACUAUUGUUAUAUUUGAUAAUUAUACACUUGACUGCAAUUAAUUUGUUGAACAAGUCUACACCUGAGGUAUUGUUAUCAGCAUGCAUUAAAGAAUCUACAAAGUUGACAAGUCUUCACCUGAGGUAUUGUUAUCAGCUUCAAGAAAUUCCCGCACUGCCGUCAAGUGUUCAGAAAGUAGAUGCAAAAUACUGCAGUUCCUUAACAUCGGAGUCAUCAAACAUCUUGUGGUCUCAGGUUCGUAAAGAGAUGACAAGAUUAGAGUUGGUAAUGCCGACAAGGGAGAUUCCAGAAUGGUUCGACCAUGUUAAUGAGGGAGGGAUUCCAAUUUUCAAUGCCCGUAUAAAGUUCCCAGCUGUUGCUCUAGCUUUAGUGUUCGGUGAGGAGGAUGCUAAAACCAAGAGAAAAAAAAUGCCAGGUCGGUGGAGAACUGUUGGAAUGCACUUAUUCAUUGAAGGUGAACGCAGACGGUACCAUAAUUUCAGUGUGGCCAAGAAUCAUGUGUUGUUGUGUGACCUACGAGUUUUGUUCAAUUUGGAAGAGUGGGAUGAUUUAGGUUUUGGAGUAGGUAAGGAUUGGAAGAACGUACGAGUUUUAUGUGAAACAAACUUGAGUCUACGUUCAUGGGGAGUUUAUGUGUACAAAACUGAGACGAACAUGGAGGAUAUCAAGUUCGUGAGUCAAGAUCCCAGUUCCUCUUUUGCGUUGAGUCGUCGCCAGAUGAUAAGUGAUCGGUUCAAAAAACAAAUCAAGAAAAAAAGUUUGAAUCUGCCAGAAAUGCAUAGGGAGUUUCGUAUAUGGAGAACUGGAUCUAGAAAAGGCUUGUCUUUUGAAGGUGAAAGUAGCCGAGAUUUGGAAAAAGCAUGGAGAAGGGUGAUGGCCUUAAGAGAGGAGGAAGGUGGAUCAGGAAUGAACAUUGAGGAUGAGAAAAACAAGGAGGUGGAUUCACUGUUGGAUAUGCUGGCAACUGCAGAACUUGAUAAACAUUUUGAUUAACCUUAACACUCACACUGAUGAACCCUUCA